AUGUAUUACUAUAAGCUCGCCUCUAUCGGUUCCAAUGGCUCCGCCAUCUCCGCCGGCGCCCCCAAGCCCAAAGCCACCACCGAUGCGCAGGCAGCCAAUACGAGUGAAUUUGGCAAAGAAGCCCAAGGAAGAUACUCUGGACCUAAAGAGCGCGGUAGUGCGAAGAAAUCGAGAACCGGCACUGUGACAGAACGAGCGGCCCCAUCUGCAUACAUCGUCCUUUCGAGCCCAGAGCCAGAAGACGAUAUCGACACGCCCGCUCCCCGCGAAAGUCUUGCUGUGCGCAGUGGGCCAGCGGAUAUAACCCCACUACCAGAGAGAGGCAUAGUGUAUCGGUACUGA